AUGAACACGCAGAUGGUGAAGAAAGCGAUAAGCAGUGCUCGAACGCUGCGCAGUGUCUGCCCUUUGCAGACGUGUCGCCUCUUGCGCGAGGGACCAUUCCGCCGCAGCAGGCAAGGCAUCGCAACGGAGUCCCUCAUCAAAAACUCCUUCCUAACCAAGGAGUACUAUGACCAAAAGAAGAAAAAAAAAAUCGACCUGUUCGAUUUUGUUCCCCCAGAGAAUUUCGUGUCCUCGUAUUUUGAGAAGCUGGAUAAGUGCUACUCCAACCCACGGUCGAUACUGCGGCUGUACAAGGACUACAUAGAGAAGGAGGAUUACCCGAACUAUAACUGGCUAGUGAGAUGCUUCUGCCAAUUAGCCAACGUGUUCGGAUUUAACUCCUUGUGGAGUGUCAAGGAUAAGGAAGCUAUUCAUGAGCUCAAGUUAUUCAAAUUUUUGGUAUACGAUUUGAUCGAAAGGAAGGAAGCAAUCAAAGCGAGACAUUGUCCCAGACUCCUAUACGCAAUGUGCUGCCUAGACUACAGGUGUUAUUAUCUCCUUCCGACUAUAUUGGAACUCAUUGAAAUUGAUCUGAACAAAUUCCGAGUGCCAACGCUCUCUAUGAUGAGCUUCUGUCUAUCCUACCUAGGACUAAGAAACCAGGAUGUUCAAUUUGGCUCGUACGAUAAUCUUUCUCGAAGUUACAAUUUAAUAGAGAAGAUACUUAACAAGAUCUACGAAAGGAGGGAUGAAGCGAAAGGGGACAUGACUAAUUUCUGCUGGUCCUUGUUAGCCUACGUUCUCGUCAUAAACAACAUGUAUGAAUUUCCUCUUAAGGAUGAGAGUAGGGGGAAAAGUUGUACCACUUCUUUUUUUUUGCCAGAGAUUUUAAAAAAUGCAUGUGAAGGAUUAACUAGGGAAAAUAUAGCAGAAAGUGGAUGGAUUCAAUACUACCUUUAUAUGACCCUCUACUGCUGUGAUGUUGAGAAGCCGAGAAACGAACGGAUGAUAAAGGAGAGUGUCCCCUUUUUCAUUCAAGAAUAUUUACACCUCAAAUGGCUAGAUCAUAUAUUGAUAACUGCCCAGAAUCAGGGGUCAGAAAAGAUGCAACUCGAAAUGGAAAACAUUAUACAAAAGUUACAAUUAAAAAAUUUCUUCAUUAAUCUCUCUGUUGGCCGCAAAAUAGAUGAACAGCAUUGUUUUUUUGCUUCCCAUUUUUAUAAGCCUUUAAAUUUAUGCCUCGAAUAUGACUAUUUCCACCCCAUUGGUUUGAAUAGACCACUAGUGAGUGGCACCAUAUCUUUGAAAAAUCGGAUUUUUAAAAAGCUCAACUUUAACGUUGUUAAUAUUCAUAAGUGUUUUUGGGAUACACUGACAGAGGAACAGAAGGAAUCGCAACUCGUCCGCGUUUUGGAAGUGUUUCAAAGGGACGGCAGUGGGAAGAAGCAGCAACUGCAGCAGGGGGAGCUUUACCAGGAGAAGUACUUCGAUUCGGAUUUGUUACAUUUGAAGCAUAAGCGGGUCAAGUUUCGUAGUUGGCCGCCUGAGCACAUAACGGUGUAG